AUUAUACUGUAUCAAGCUUGUCCCCCCACUACUGUAAUCUUCUUCCCUAAAAAAGCUAGAAAGACACUAACCCAUUUGGUCUUUGGUUUCUGUGCUGCCUGUGCAUUUGUCAAUGUCUUGCUCCCUUCUUCAACCCCCCCCCCCCCCCCCAAGCACUAGCUUUCAAAACUAGACAAUGAGGUGGCAAUCAUGCCCUCAAUUCUUGAUCAACUUAUCCCCUUUUGUUUCAUCAUCAAUUGUUGGGUACCAUAAAAGAACAUGUCAUAUGUUUGUGAUUUGACUUCACUUCACCUAUUUCUCUAACCCCUUCAAGAAUCUUGAAAUCUUUCACCUAAAAAUCACACCUUUUUUUCCAUCUUUAGCUUCAAGAAACCCCUUGUUUUGACAAAAUUGUGCAAAUUUGAAGGUGGGUUUGUAAUGGAGAUUGAUCUAAACCAUGCAGCAGCAAGUGUUGAUUCAUCUUUAUCUGCCUCUUCAAACUCCUCCUCAAAUUCAUCCUUGAUUUCAUCAAAAAAUCCAUCAAUAUGCAUGGAACUUUGGCAUGCUUGUGCUGGUCCUCUUACAACUCUUCCAAAUAAAGGAAAUGUGGUUGUGUAUUUCCCUCAAGGUCAUUUGGAACAAAUUGCUUCUCAAUCAUGUAUGCAGUUGCAGCAGUUUUCACCCUCUCAUAUCCCCCCCUCUUUUGGCCUUCAACCUCAAAUCUUUUGUAGAGUUGUUGAUGUUCAGUUUCUUGCUAAUAAGGAAAAUGAUGAAAUUUAUACAAAGCUUAGCCUUCUUCCACUACCAGAGUGGGAUGGUAAGAAUUUUCAAGACGGGGAAGAAGAUGGUGCUGACGUGGCACUCACAAAAUCAACACCUCAAAUGUUCUGCAAAACCCUAACUGCAUCUGAUACAUCUACUCAUGGUGGAUUUUCUGUGCCUAGAAGAGCUGCUGAAGAUUGUUUCCCACCUCUGGAUUAUAAGCAGCAGAGGCCCAACCAGGAACUAGUUGCUAAGGACCUUCAUGGAGUGGAAUGGAAGUUUAGGCACAUUUAUCGAGGUCAACCGAGGCGACAUUUGCUUACUACCGGAUGGUGCAUAUUUGUAAGCCAAAAGAAUCUUGUUUCCGGGGAUGCAGUUCUCUUUCUAAGGGGCAAAGAUGGUGAACUAAGGCUUGGAACUCGAAGAGCCACUCGACCAAGAAAUUUUCUUCCGGAUACAGCGAUGCCCGACUCGAAAUCCUACAUGGACAUUCUUGCCCCUGUAGCUAAUGCAGUAUCUACCAACACUACAUUUGAUGUUUUUUACAGUCCUAGGUCUAAUCGAGCGGAUUUUAUUGUUCCUUAUGCGAAGUAUAUGAACUGCGUAAGCAAUAUGAUAACAAUCGGAACAAGAUUCAAGAUGAAGUUCAGUAUGGAUGAAUCUCCUGAAAGAAGGUUCAGAGGUGCCGUGAUUGGUGUAAGUGACACGGAUCCUUACAAUUGGCCUAAAUCAAAGUGGAGAUGCCUAACGGUGAGGUGGGAUGAAGAUGUUGGUAAUAAUAAUCAAGAACGAAUAUCGCCAUGGGAGGUUGAUCUUUCCAGCGCUUCUAUGCCGCUUUUAAGUAUUCAUUCGUCUUUACGAUACAAGAAAUUGCGGGCAAAUCUUCAUUCAACUCCAUUUGAACACCCUGGUUCUGCAUGGGGUGGAUGUUUAGACUUUGAGGAGUCAACAAGAUCCUCUAAGGUCUUGCAAGGUCAAGAAAAUAUAGGUGGUAAAAGGAACAACCCGUUAAGCUUCGGGGUACAACCUACCCCCUCAAUGCAUGCGGGUUUUUAUCCGAAUCGAUUAUUAUUAACAGGAAAAAGCACAAACAUUGUCGCCACCCCUAACCCGGCCUUUUUGGGAUCAAACACCACUAGAUUCCCAAAGGUCUUGCAAGGUCAAGAAAUUUGCUCGUUGAAAUCUUUAACCGCGAACACAAACAGUUCUUGGGGCCCACCAAGAACCGAUCUUAACAUUCAUCAUAGACCAAAUAAUCCCGGUUUUUAUCCACUUGGUUCCGAAGGUGGUCGAAACUUUUGUUUUCCAAACCCGGCUCCUGUCAUGCCCACUAUCGGAUUCCCAACUAAUCGGCCCGUUUUUGGAAACGGGCUUACAAGGGAUAAUAAUAUUAAUGGGCUAAAGCUACAACUUCAGGUUCCGGUUGACCUUGAGAAAACAAGCGUUGACCCGAAUUCGAUCAUAGAAGGCAAUUCAGGUAGUGAGAAAGAUGACGGUGGUUCUGAUAGCAAUGGGAGCAGUUGUAAACUAUUUGGUUUUCAUUUAAACGGAACUCCUUCGACGGUAGACGCUCAAACUUUGAGCAAGAGAAGUUGCACUAAGGUUCACAAACAAGGAAGUAAAGUUGGACGCGCGAUUGAUCUCUCUAAAAUGUCAAGUUAUCAAGAGCUAAUUAGCGAGCUCGAGUCACUAUUUCAUAUGGAAGGUGUGUUGACCAAUGGCGACGGUGCAUGGCGGUUGUUGUACACCGAUGAAGAAAACGACAUGAUGGUUGUCGGCGAUGAUCCAUGGGACGAGUUUGCAACGAUAGCUACAAAGAUUCACAUAUACACCAAGGAAGAGGUGGAGAAACUAAUGAGCGGUGGCGUGAUUAGCGAUGACACCAGUUGCUUGGAGGAAGCACCGGCCAUGGUGGAUACCGCCAAGUCCACACCGCUAGGCAUGCCGGACACUUGAGUCUUAAAAUUCCCGGCCCCUUGAUUUUCCUGCCACUCCCCCCCCCCCCCUAAUAUAUUUGUUCAAGUUCCGCCACUGAAAUUUUGUAUAAUAUUAAAUAAGAUGCAAGUUUAAGCAAAUGCCAUUUACAAACUA